GAGUGAGGAUUUCUCUCACAACAAACAAUUACAAAAACACUCUCUCAUUUUAAUUCAUUUUGGAUCAAGCAAUCCGACACCGUUUCAUCUUUUAUAAUGUGAGUGAGAGAGUUUUAUUCCUUAUUACCCAGAACAGAAAACCUUCACAUUUACACUCAUUUUCAUUUCAGGAAAAUUUUCUUAGGGUUUCUCUCUUCCUCUUCUUCUACUUUCUUCGUCAUUCAUCCUUAUUCACAUUUUCUAAUCUUCUCUGGUUUUCGCAUUUGAUCGAAACUCUGAAACGCAUUCUUCCACCACAAGAUGUACCGGAAAUCAGAACGUACUGAGUUUAAUGAUUUGGAUUUGGAAUACUACGAGCGGAGAUAUUACAACAACUUGAAAGAUGAUCACUACAAGCUCGAAGUCUCCGACUCGACAUUCAGGUGUCCGUUCUGUUUCAACAAGGAUUAUUAUUCUUUGACUGAUCUUUUGAGGCAUGCUUCGAGGAUUGCAGAUGACGUGCAUGGCGAGACUGUGAAAGAAAUCGGUAGACACUCUGCUCUUGAAAGGUAUCUGGACUUUAAAAUUUCUGAAGAUAAGUCGGAUGAUAUGAUGGAUGUUGAUACCGAUAGGUCGCGGAGUGUGAAUGUUGCUAAAGAUAAGGCAUCUAGAGUGAAUGUUAGUGAUGGUAAGUCUCUGAAUGGGAAUGCUGUUAAGGAUAGGUCACUUGAUGUGGGUAUUGCUAAGGGUAAGUCACCCGUUGUGAAUACUGGUGAAGACGAGUUUGUCUGGCCUUGGAUGGUAGUUCUGGCUAACAAUGUAACAGAAUUUGACCCGAAGAGUGGUAAGUAUCUAGGAAAGAGUUAUAGGAAAAUUAAGGAUGAACUGUUAGAGAAAGGGUUUAAGCCGCUGAAAGGUAUUGCACUGUGGAAUGUUAAAGGGCAGACACAGUUUGUGAUCGUUGAUUUUGGAAAAGAAUGGGAUGGUUUCCACAAUGCUAUGAAGCUAGAAAGAAAAUUUGAAGCAGAUCAUUGUGGCAAGAGAGAUUACGUGGGUUUAAGGGAGCGAGGAGAUAAACUCUUUGGGUGGAUGGCACGUCGUGAUGACUUUAAUUCCAAGGAUAUUGUUGGCAAACACCUCCGGGGAAAUGGGGAUUUGAAAACUGUUUCUGGAAAAGAAGCUGAGGAUAAUAGGAAAGCCUUGAAGCUUGUAUCUGAUUUGACUAACACAUUAAAGCAGAAGAAUAAGGAAGUGGAAAUAACGUAUAGCAAGUGUGUCGAGGCUAAUGAGUUCCUAGAAAGAGUGAUGAAUGAAAAAGAGGAGAUGCUUGAACUCUUUAACAAUGAAAUAAGCAAUAUUCGGAAUGCCGAACGCAGUUAUCUGGAAAAUGUCUCCAAUGAUCAUGAAAAAGCCAUGCUAGAAUUGGAGGCACGGAGGAACGAACUCGUGUCCCGUGAAAAGAAUCUGCAGAAGCGUCAAGAAGAUAAUCAUAGUGAGAGACAUAAGCUAUAUCUUGAGAAGAAAAAUAAUGAGAUGGCCAUAGCAGAGCAACAAAAGGCUGAUAAGAAAAUGAUGUGUUUAGCUGAAGAACAUCAGAAAGAGAAAGAGAAACUUCACAAGAAAAUUCAUGAUCUAGAGAGAGGACUUGAUGCAAAGCAGGCAUUGGAAUUGGAAGUUGAACGACUGAGAGGAGCUUUCCUUGUAAUGAACCGCAUUGGAGAGACUGAUCUCGAAGAGAAGAAAAAACUGGAGGCGAUCAAAAUUGAACUGCAAGAAAAGGAAGAGGAAUUGGAAGCGGAGGAAGAUCUUCAACAAGCAUUGGUUGUUAAGGAGUUCAAAGCUAAUGAUGAGUUGCAAGAUGCCCGCAAAAAAUUAAUAAAUUGUAUUGGCUGCCCAAAGAACACUUCUCGAGUCAUAAUUGCUGUGAAAAUGAUGGGGGAACUUGAUAUUAAGCCGUUUGUGGAGGCAUCCAAGAGAAAGUUUCCUGCUGAAGGGAAUGGGAGAGCAGCUCAGAGAAAACUUGUCGAAGAAAGGAAAAAGAAAGCAAAUGAGUGGUGCAAAAAGUGGGAUGUUAGAGAUCCAAGCUGGCAUCCGUUCAAAAUUGUAACUGAUAAAGAAGGGAAUUCCAAGGAAUAUUUAAAUGAAAAUGAUGAAAAGCUGAAAAGUUUGAGGGAUGAACUUGGAGAUGGGGCGCAUGAUGCAGUAGCUACAGCUCUGAAGGAAUUAAAUGAAUUCAAUCCUAGUGGGCGAUAUCCAGUAAAGGAACUCUGGAAUUAUAGGGAAGGAAGGAGGGCUUCGUUGAAAGAGGGUGUUGCCCAUUUAAUGAGGCAAUGGAAGUUGUCAAAACAAAAGAAAGCUUGAGACUCAAGGAAUGAAUAGAUAUUAAACUUCAACAUACCAGGAAUUAAAGUGAAAACCUGUGCAAUGAGGGAUGGAAGCUGAUUAGUCUAAUGCAAGUCAGAUAAUUUUGUUAUGAAGUUUAGGAGAAAAUCAAAAGGAAUAUUGAUAAGGAUUAGUAUUAUGAUUAUUGUAUGAAGAAAAGUUGUUGAUGACUCUUUGAAAUAUUUAUAAUCUUAAUAUUUAAUUGGGAGCAUAUGGUUGUUUA